AUGAAGAGUCCUACACUGGUUGGCACACAGACGUAUUUCCUGUCACUUCGUUUCGGCGUCAUUAUCAGCACGAUUGUACCCAUCGUCUGCUUUGCUUGGGCAUACCCACAACAUGAGGCUGGCGUAGUGUCCACCGAUGGACUUGGUAGUGCAUGGGCCGGGAUAAACCUGGGAACGGCUUCCUACGGCUUUGUCUGGUCCACUGUGGUAUUCCUCGUGGUGCUCGUCUUCAACUGUACUAUCCCUCCUGGAGUCAUCAUCUGCUUCGACUGCAUUGCCUGGCUCGCGCAGCUCAUCACCAUGUGUUUCGAUAUGCAAGAGCUGGGAGGCUGGCAUGCGGGUGGCUAUGGAUAUUACAAGAAUAAUAUGCACGAAAUCCUGUACGGAACGGAAGACUUUGGAUGCUCAUUGAUGUUUCUUGGGAUGUAA